AUGAUCUUUGCAUCCUCCUCUGGACUCGCUUCUUUGCCGUGCCGAGCGCCUCGGAGCCAGACGCAGGUCUCUGGGGGCAGAGGAGCGGGGUCAGUGUGCUCGCUGCCCGGCGGGACGGGGCGCUGCAGCCCGGGCGGCCUCGCCUUCUGCCUCUUCUACCUGGCCUCCAGCUUCACCAACAAGUAUGUUCUGUCUGUCCUGCAAUUUACCUACCCUACCCUUUUUCAAGGGUGGCAAACAUUGGUGGGUGGACUUCUGCUUCACAUCUCCUGGAAGCUGGGCUGGGUGGAGAUAAACUUGUGUUCAAGGUCUGAAAUCCUAUCAUGGCUUCCUGCAUCAGUACUUUUUGUGGGCAUUAUUUAUGCUGGCUCCAGGGCACUGUCUAGAUUGCCCAUCCCCGUGUUCCUCACUGUGCACAACGCAGCAGAAGUCAUAACCUGUGGUUUCCAGAAGUUUGUGCAGAAAGAGCAGACCUCUCAUCUGAAAGUCUGUAGUGUACUGUUCCUCCUGGCAGCAGCAGUGUGCCUUCCUUUGUGUGACUCACAGUUUGAUCCAAAUGGAUACUUAUGGGCACUAAUUCACUUGAUCUGUGUUGGGGCUUACAAAGUGUUUCACAAGUUGUGGAAACCUGGAUCUUUAAGUGAUCUGGACCAACAGUACAUCAACUAUGUAUUCAGUGUAGUGCUGUUGGCCUCUGCAUCCCAUCCAGCAGGUGAUCUCUUCAGUGCCUUGGAUUUUCCAUUCCUGUACUUCUACAGGUUUCAUAGCAGCUGCUGUGCCAGUGGACUGUUGGGAUUCUUUCUGAUGUUGCACACAGUGAAGCUAAAAAGCAGCACAACCUCAGGGCAAUAUGCAGCCUGGAGUUUCCUUGCAAAGGUUAUCACUGCUAGCCUAUCGCCCUUCUUCUUUGUCAUGACUGCCAAUGUACUAACAAUUUCUUGCCUUGUGAUUGGUGGAGUUGGAGAAGCAUUGCUUGUUUACACUGAAAGGACAGGCACAUAAAGAGGAACCAGCUGGAAAAGAGCUAACUUGCAGCCUAGAGACACUACCACGAAAAAAAAGCUGCAGCAGGAAUGAAGAAGUGCAACCAAACAUGAGGAAAGGGAUCUAUUUUUUUUUUUUUUAAUUAAGAAAAGAACCUAUGCUAUUAAUAGUGCUGGUAAGGGAGCAGUAUAGUUGGCAGAGAUGGUAAGGAGCCUUUGCCUCAAAGCACAAGACAAACUAUACCAGAUUGAUGUGGUAAAGGAAAAACUGCUCUGUCUCAUGCUGAUGGCUCUGUGUGAGCACCACUCAGUAGCAGCUUCCUACACAGGGAACUAAACUCAGGAAAAGCAGCAUUCCCUACUGGAUGCCCCCAGUCUUUUUCUUUUUUUUUUUUUUUU